CGACCGUCGUCGUAAGCGGAAGUGAAGCAAUACCGUGCUGGAUUUGAAUUGUCCGCUGCGGUGUGAAUCAAGUGUUCAAGUGUUCCAUCAGUGCAGCGUCUAGGGAUAUAGGCUCGAUUUGCUUUAUUGUGAACUCUUGCGGUGAGCGGUACACUUCGACCAGCCAGUGAGUGAACAGCAUCCCAUCCCACCUCAAGAUGAGCAGCUCUACCGGGGGAAGUCCCUCGAAGAAGGGCACAAGCGUGGACAUGCAAAUAUUUGCUUCCAAUGGCAAUACGAUCGUAGACGAGAGUUAUGAUCCCCAUCUCCACCGAAACCGACCGCACCCGACGACUAACUUUGAAACGUUGGUCCACCUGCUGAAGGGAUCGCUCGGAACGGGCAUUCUUGCGAUGCCGCAAGCAUUCUACAAUGCCGGCUACAUCUCCGGUGUCGUUAACACGAUCCUGAUCGGCAUCCUCUGUACGUACUGUUUGCACGUGCUCGUCCAGGCGCAGUACGCUCUGUGCAAGCGUCACCGAGUGCCGAUUCUCACCUAUCCAAUCUCGAUGAAGAUUGCGCUCGAGGAGGGUCCGGCAUGUUUACGACCGUUCGCACCAUACGCUGUUGUUAUCGUUGAUGGCUUCAUGAUCUUCUAUCAGCUGGGUAUCUGCUGCGUGUACAUAGUGUUUGUAGCGACCAACAUUAAGCAGUUGGUGGACUACUAUUGGCUGGAGCUGGAUGUGAAAAUCCAUUGCCUGAUACUUCUCGUACCACUGAUAGGCAUCAAUAUGAUACGCAACCUGAAGGUCCUGGCACCAUUCUCAACGUUGGCCAACUUGAUCACCUUCGUCGGCAUUGGAUUGAUAUUGGCCUACAUUCUGGAUGAUAUCCCACCGAUCUCCGAACGUCAGCCAAUAGCUGAGCUGGGCAAAUUUCCACUCUUCUUCGGUACCACACUGUUUGCAUUGGAAGCAGUAGGAGUGAUUAUAGCACUGGAAAACAAUAUGGCCACCCCGAAAUCGUUUGGUGGUACCUGCGGAGUACUUAACGUGGGCAUGAUAGUGAUUGUCUUCCUUUAUGCCGGUAUGGGAUUCUUGGGCUAUCUGAAGUAUGGUGCUGAAUCGGCGGGCAGUAUAACACUCAACUUGCCACAGGAGGAGAUCAUGUCUCAAUCGAUCAGAAUUCUGUUCGCGGUGGCCAUCUUCAUUUCGUACGGUUUGCAAUGCUACGUACCGGUCGAUAUUAUCUGGAAUGUUUAUCUGGUGGAGAAGUACCGUGACUCCAACAACAAGCUGGUAUACGAAAUGUUGGUCCGAAUCGUUGUCGUCAUUACAACUUUCCUACUGGCCGUUGCCAUUCCACGAUUGGGUCUGUUCAUUUCGCUGUUCGGUGCAUUUUGUCUGUCCGCGCUGGGUAUUGCUUUCCCUGCAAUUAUGGAGAUCUGUGUGCUGUGGCCUGACAAGCUGGGUCCGGGUAAGAUCACUCUCUGGAAAGACAUCAUAUUGAUCAUCUUCGGUGUCAUCGGUCUGGUAGCUGGUACAUACACGAGCGUGCGGGAUAUUAUUCUUAGUUUUAUGUAACUCGUCCUAAUUCGAUGUAUAAUCUGCACAAAGAAGGGUUCUAUGGCACAACACGGAAAGCUCUCGGUUAGAUCGCAGAACGCCGCUAAAGCGAACAACUUACAGGAACUGUUUACCGAAACCAGAAACAUAAACUAUUUAUAGCAAUCUUUCCUAGAUAAGACGGUUGUGCACUAAGCUUCCAUAGAUGAGGGCAUUCCCUACGCCAUUCGAGAUUCGGAUCCAACGGCAAGUGUAGUUCCUGUCUGCUGACUGGUCUGCCUCUUGCUGGGAAAUUCGCGUGCUGGUAGAGAAAGAACAUUUGUGACAUAUCAUUUGUAGAAUUGUAAAACAAAUACUCAACUUACUGAUUGUUAGCUUUAAUUAGCGACUCAUCUGCACAAGACAUGCGGCUGGGUAGCGCAAGAAGGACGUCUUUUAUGUAGUGCAAAUGAAAUUUUGUGUUUUUUUCUCACAUGUUUGUUUCUACCACAAACCACAAAGCAACCUCAAAACGAUGGGAAGACGACGAUAAAGCCUAUUUUGGUGUAGAGUUAGAUUUGCAUACAAACGCCAGGCGUUGAACACACGCGUUAUUCUUAAUGGCCGGUGAUACAGUUAGCUUUGUACAAUCACUCACAAACGUACUACAACGGCGAUUGCAGAUUAUUGCAGCGGAAGUAUUCGAUUAAACAAGCUCUACUAUGCAUGUGUGUAUGCUUUUACGCGGUGCUGAUGCCACCACCCAAAUAAAGGAUAUAUUCACGCGACCAAACUUGGCCCGGCCGUAGACAGUCGCAGGAAAGAAUCAUGCAGAGAGGAGAAAUUGUGUUUACGUUUUAUUAUAAAUAGAUUAUUACCGUUACACACUAUUAGGUCAGCAUCCGUUCUCCACUGCUAAGUGAUAUGAAAAUAUAAUUUUCUUCUGCCUCUAUUACAAUCUUCCCGAUGGGCUCAUCUUCAUAUGGAAAUUAGUAUUCUGCACCUAAUGCUACAACAUCUGUGUUAUAAAUAUACGGAUAAUUUGUACACCAGUUUCAUCCCCAGCCUUGCCGGCGAUCGAAAGUGGAGUUAUUUUUAAUUCAUUGUUUUUUUGCCGUCGGUUUCCGUGUUCCAAUUGCGUUUUCGUUGCGAGAUUACGUGGUAACCUCGGCCAAUAGGAGGAUCUUUUUUUUACUGUGUGUGUACGUGUACAUUUUGUGUUAUGUUUGCGUCGAGGGAUAACAUACAACAGAACAACGAAACCAUUCUUAACCGGCUACACAUUUGUUAUGGCAAAAAAUACAUGUCAAAGGUAUAAUGUUAAGGAAAAUUCAAUGCAAAGAAAAGCAGAACGAAAAAAAACACAUUAUGUCGAUUGUACCUAA